AUGAAUUAUUCUCUCUCUCGUCGUCUCUCUCUCUCUCGUUCUCUCUCUCUCUCUCCCUCUCUCUCUCACUGUCUCUCUCUCUCGCUAUUUAUCCCUUUUUAUCACUCUUUUUCUCUUUUUUCUCUAUCUCUCCCUCUCUAUCUCUUUCUCUCUCUCUAUCACUUUCUCUUUCUCUCUAUCUUUUUAUCACUCUUUCUUUUUAUCUCUCUCUUUUUAUCACUCUCUUUUUAUCACUCUCUUGCUCUUUUUCUCUCUCCCUCUCUCUCUUUCUCUCUCUCUUUAUCUCUUUCUAUUUCUCUCUCUUUUUAUCACUCUCUUUCUUUUUAUCUCUCUCUUUUCAUCACUCUCUUUCUCUUUUUUCUCUAUCUCUUUCUCUCUCUCUUUCUCUCUCUCUUUAUCCCAUAUCUGCAAAACAAAGAAGGAAGAAAAAUGUUUACACGUUUAUCAAACUUGAAAGAUUACAAAAUGUGCCAUAGUAAAAAAAAUAUUAUUUCCAUGCAGGCUAUUGUCCUCAUCUUUUUGAUUUUUAUAUUCUUCAUAUCUAUCUAUCUAUCUAUCUAUCUAUCUAUCUAUCUAUCUCACUCUGCCCAUAUCUAUCUAUCUAUCUAUGUUCAUAUCUAUCAUUUUUAA